AUGGCCCACUGCGAGCGGGCUUCAAAGCCGCUGCUGAAAUGCAUACGGACGAGCUAUGUUCGAGGUCUCGCCGGAGUUCAGCUACCGGCAAACAGAGGCUUCCAGUCGUCGGCGGUGGCUCGUGACGAGGCCCAAGGCGAGACGGCGAGCCAACCGUUCUACAGGGCUCCUGAUCCGGCUCUGGUCUCAAGUCCCCGUCUGGAGAAGAAGCUGUUGAAACAGGGAAUUGCGCCAAUUGGUUCUCGCCGCCGCCGAGUCGCGUUGCAGGGCUCCGACAAUAUUCCCUUCGAACAGCUGCCGUACCAGUGUUUCCAGGAGGCUCGCCAGAUACUUCAGGCGGACCGUGAGGAGAAACUCCAGGAGAUUCAGUCUGUGAGAGAGAAAAUCGCCCGGGUGCAGGCUGUUCCCACUGAGAAUGUACGGGAGGAGCUGGCGAAGAAGUCCAAGCUUGGGGCUCUCGAACAGCACUUGCAGCAUCUGAAGAUCCUGGCCGAUAUCAACGAUCCGUUGGUGAAGAGGAAAUUUGAGGAUGGACAAGGAGACAUGACCAAACCUGUUUAUCGAUUCCUUGCCAAGCGUAAAUGGGAGGAAUACCGACGGAAAAUCCUCGUGCAACGAAUCACGCAGAUGAAGGUGAUUCCAGACGUGCUGGCGCACUGCGAGCCGGUCGUCGACACGAAACUGUACUUUGGCCGGCGGGUCGUGCAGCCGGGCGAUUUUGUCACUUCACGGAUUAGCGCGACGGCGCCCAAGCUGGAUAUACAAAUGUUUGAACGUGAAGAGAAGCUGGUGACGAUCGCCGUAGUGGACCCGGACGUGCCCAACGUUGAGACGGACAGCUUCGACUACCGUGUGCACUACCUGGCGGUCAACGUGCCCAUCUCGAUCCUCAACACCAAGGUGGACCUGGCCAAGCUGUCGCCCGAGGCCCAGGUGAUCCUCCCGUGGCUGGCCCCUGUGGCUCAGAAGGGCAGCCCUUACCACAGGCUGUCUGUGUUUAUCCUGGACCAGAAGGACUCGCAACCUCUGAACGUUGCGGAUCUCAAGGCGCAGGAAACCAACCGCGACAACACCCAGCUGCGCACGCUGCAGGCACGAUACCAUCUGAAGCCGAUCGGAGCACACCUCUUCCGCACGCAAUGGGACGAGACGACCGCCGAGGUGAUGGAGGAGAUUGGGUUCAGCGAUGCCAACGUCGAGCUGCGUCGCAAGCGCGUCGAGCCUCUGCCUUACAAGCGGAGAAACCCGGCCUCCUUCAGGUAG